AUGGACAAAAAAGCAAACCUAUUAAGACUACAUGAUAGGGUAAAAAAAGAGUUGUUUGUUUAGAAUAAUGAAGAAGGAUAGAUAUAAAAAUUAAGUCCAUAAAUUCUUGAAUAUGUAUAAUGUUCAAGUCAUGGUGAAUUAAUGGAGGAGACAUUUUAGAUUACAAUAGAUUAAAGAAACAGAAAAUUUCAAGAUGAUUAUAAGAUAGGGAAAAUAUUAGGAGAAGGAGCUCAUUCUGUAGUUAGAUAAUGUUGGUAAAUAUAAAAUCCUGAUGAAACUUAUGCAGUUAAGAUUACUCGAAAUGGAGAUCCUGAAAUAAUGGGAAUAAUGAAAUAAACAUUUCUAAACACUUUGAAACUAAAUAAUCCUCUAAUUGUGAGAACAUAUAAGCUUUAUAUUGAUACAAAUACAGAAUGUUCAUAUUUAGUAAUGGAAUAUUUACCUUAUCCUAGUCUACUUGAACUACUAAAACAAAAUACACUUACAUAUGAUGAUAAAUUAUCUAUAAUACGACAAUGUUUGGAAGCUAUCCAAUAUUUACAUAGAAUGGGUUUAUGCCAUCGUGAUCUUAAACCAGAUAAUAUUUUAAUUGAUUAAGAUAAUAGUACUAUAAAAAUUAUUGAUUUUGGUGUAUCAAAAAGAUUUAUUAUAACAUAAUAGAGAGAUAUUUAAAUCCAAUUAUUAUGGACUAUUACUGGUAAUAUUAAUUACUAGGCACCUGAAUUAUGGAAUGGAUCUGGUUAUAAUGAAUUGAUUGAUAUCUGGGCUAUUGGAGUUAUUGCUUAUUAAAUGUUAUGUAAUAGAUUACCAAUCAUAAUUGAAAAUAGAAUUGAAUUCAAUGAUAUUGAAAUUCAAUAACAAUCAUUUUUAUCAACAGAAUUUAAAUCACUUGACUUACUCUCUCAAGAUUUACUUAAAAGAUUGUUAUCUUUUAAUCCUAAUAAGAGAAUUAAUGCAUCAUGUAAAUUAUUUAUUAAUUAUUAUAGAAGCUUUAGUUCAUCCAUUAUUAUAUCAAAAAUAUUCAAUUUCUUAAUUAUAAUUUAUGAAAUUGAAUUCUAAAUAAUAUACAAAAGAUGAUAUGCUUUUAAAUAAUAAAGUUUAAAUUAAUGCUCAUUCAAGUUAAGCUAUUAAAUAUCUUUAAUAAUCUUAAGAAGAUUAUCAGAAUGUAAAACAUGAUUUUAAAAAUAAAUGUUUUAUUGAUGCUAUUCAUUAAACUGAUAAAGAUACAUCAUAACAAAUGAGAAAUAGAUCUAUUCAUUUCUAAUAAUCAAUUAAUUCAUUAUGUCAAUCUAUUUCUACUAAACCAGAUGAAGUUAAAGAAUUUUUUGAUAUAGUUUAAAAAUGUGAUAGUAAUUCAAGUUUAGAUUCCUUGGAUGAAAGAAUUAAAGCAAGUAGUAGUCCUCCUAAUGGUUUAGAUAUUAUUAAAGAAGAAGAUGCAGACACACCACUUUUUAUGAAUAAAAUUAAAUAAUAAUAAUAAGAAUUUUUAAUUGAAUGAA